GAGUAGAAAAAUCUAGAUUAAAGAUUUUAUAUUGAGUAGCGCUAUCUCUUCAGCAAGAGUUUAUCAAGGAAGAGCAAUAGCAAGGCUGAUAUAGCCGGAGUGAGGAUUACUUAAAAUUAAACUCGAAUCGCUAUUGAACUUACUCAAAUUCUAAUUACCAGUUAAAUGUUAUUCACGUUAUUGUUAAAGUAUCAACUUAUUAAAUAGUGAAAAAUCGUCUUUCCUUGUUAAAAUUCAGUACAGUACAUAAAAAAAACGAAUAAUAAAAAAGUGUAGCAAUUGCAAUUAACAAUAUGUACAAGGUCAAUCAGAAACCUCUAGACGAAAUCUACAAGCAGUAUUCAGAACUGAAGAGAAGUGAUGUGGAAAAUAUUCUUCAAUGGACACGCAAUCAGCCUCAUCUGCCAAAGAUAACAGAAUUCGAAGCAGCUCUUUUUCUUCAUUCAAAAUAUUACAAUUUGGAGGAAACGAAGAAUUUGCUCGAGGCUUAUCACACAUACCAGAAAAAUUGUCCAAAAUUAUUUAAAAAUAGAGAUGCAGAGUCAAAAGCAGUACAAGAAGUUGUUGAUGGCCAAUUGCACAUUCCCUUUUCCCAAUCGACAUCCGAUGGUUUUAAAGUUUUACUAAUCAAAUUAGUUGAUCUAGAUGCAAAGAAAUUCAAUUUUGUUGAAUCUCUAAGAACAUGUUCCAUGAUGAUUGAUUUAUGCAUAAUGACUGAAGGAAUAUCCAAUGGACACGUAAUUAUUGUGGACAUGCUAGGAUUCUCUUUUGGUCAUAUCAUCCGAAUUAAUAUAUUCGUAAUGAGAUCAUUUGUGAUAUUCGCCCAAAACUUACUUCCGAUUCGUUUGAAGCAAAUUCAUUUCAUCAAUGCCAACAAAUUCACUAAGACUUUCAUAUCAUUGAUGAAGCCAGUUCUCCGGAAAGAUAUAUACGAUAUGAUUCACAUUCACACGACGAUGGAUUCAGUUUAUGAAUUUGUCCCUCAGGAUAGUUUCCCGGUGGAAUUGGGCGGAAGUUGGAAAACUCUAGCUGAACUCCAGGAAGACAUGAGAAACAUACUUUUAAGCAACAAAAAUUUCUUUUUGGAAGAUGAUUAUGAAAAAAAAUAGUCUCUGAUUUUGGAAAACACUAAUUUUUCAACGAAAAUUUUUAAAGAUUACCAUUAAAAAACGUGAAUGUUGAAAAAAUUGCUCUCCAUAAGAUCCAUUGAAAAAAGACAAAUUUAUAGUCUAAAAUGAGAAAACAAGCAAGUUACAGGAACAAAUAUUAUUUCCAGGCCAAAAAUUAAGAAAAAGCAUCAUAUUUUAUACAAUAAACGUAAUAAAAAGUGAAAAAUUUAAAUAAAGAAUAUAAUAUUUGGACAAUUAGCCGUUUGAAAAUUGGAAAAAUAUUUACUAAAAUUUACUGAAAAAUUAUUUAAGUCGAUUUAUAUCAAAUUACAGGCUAAUGACACUUUCAACAUUUCAAAUGAACUUGAAAACCUUAAAAAUUUUGAUUUUUCAUAUGUUUUAACUCUGGGUGAAAUAGAGCACUUUUGAAUUAGGUCAACUAUGAAAUAAGCCUUCUUUCCUAGUUUUGAAUGGAAAUAAGCCUUAUCAUGAUGUAUUUCAGCUUCACAAACGGUUUGUGGAACUAAAUUACUUCAUGGUAAGGUCCAAUUUCAUUUAAAAAAAAAAAGAAGAAAAAACUUUCAAAGCUGCCCCAAUUGAAAUAUGUCUCACUUCCCCCUACUAGAAAAAUAUUAAAUACAAUUCUAAGAUGUUUCCAAUUCAGUAUUAAAUAAACUAAAUUUACACUCUAAUGAAAUUUAUUAAAAAAAAAACCUUACAUAAAGUUUUAGAAGAAAGUGGAGAUAUUUUGAACUGCAGAGCUACAUUCAUAUACGAUUUUUCACAUACUUCUAAAGGAAACUAGGCUUUAAUAAAUAUGGGAUCGGGAAUCUUCGUUUUUUUCUAUUUUGUUUUUUACACUUUUGUUUUUCCCAGUUUGUCUUUGGAAUCUUUGUCUUCGGUAUUUUUUGUUUAUUGGAAACUCUGUCUUUGGAAAUCUUGUCUCUCAUACAUUUUGCACAAUUAUCGAAAAUUUUGUCUGUCACACAUUUUGUACAAGUAUAUUUUAUAACUUUCCAAAAAUGUUCCUUUUCUCGGAAAAUUUCCCUUUGUACCGACAGGCUAUACUAAGAACUUCCCAAAACACAGAAAAUUUGCCUGUGCCUCAAAGGACGAAACUAAAAACUUUCCAAAACACAGAAAAUUUCCCCUUGCCCUAAAAUACGAAAAUAAAAACUUAAAAAAAACAAUGUGAUUUCAUUAUUUUAUUUAAUAAUAAUAUACUUCUUUAAAAUAUAUGAAAGACAAGAUUUCCAAAGACAAAGUUUCCAAAAAAAAAAAAACAAAAAUUACCGAAGACAAAGAUUCCAAAGACAAACUGGGAAAAACAAAAUGGGAAAAACAAAGAUUUCGCAAACCAAUAAAUAUAAUGUAGUUUAGCUUUACAAAACCAAUGUUGAACUACAUAAAAUAAUUGUGAGGCUCAGUUCGACUCACAAAUAUACGAAAAAUCUUAUAUCUGUAGCCCUACAGGUCUAAGUAGCGCCAUCUUCUAAGUUAAAUAUUAAGUGGCAAAAUGAAAAAAUUCCUAUUCUGAGGUUAAUAGUGCUUCAUCCAUUCCAAUCUACCUUAAAAUGUUCUAUACCAAAAAUUUAAAAGUUCCUCCUCCCUAACAGUUUUAAAAUUAAAGAAAUCUGAAAGGAGUUUUAACAUUUUCAUUUCAGAGAGUAUAAGAAUCAGUCUUUUGAUGUGGUGGGUUUUACGUUAUAUUCAUUUUACGCCAUUUAAUAAAAAAAAAACUUUGAUCUUUUUGUAAGUUUAAUAAAUUUUUGAAAGGUUUUAUUAAAUAUGAGGGUAAUUUUUUAUCUCAAUAUUGAAAGUAUUUUUUAAGAUUUUAAUCUCUCGAGAGCUGCACAUUAAAAAAUGGCAUAAAUAAAUCCUGAAAAAAAGCAUGAAACUCCAAGGCGUAAGGGAAGUCGGAAAUUUUGAGGAAUAAUGGGACACAAUGCUUAAAUAAAUAAGAGAAUAUUUGUAAAAAAUAAUAAAUUUGUAAUUUGGAAAAAGAAA